AUGACUUGGCUGCUAUCUCCCAGCCAAGACGGGAAUGCGGAUGACGACCAGGACGAAAGGAUGCUCGAGAACCUGUGUCGGCUGAUGGUCCAUCUCCGACUGGCGCUGGUCGAUCAACUGAUGAUGGCCGUCCUCCAUUCUGCCAAAUUAUGGUCGCUCGGAAUCCCUGGGAAGGCUAGCACCGAUGUCCCGAGUGCAGGCAAAGACAGUUCGAUGAAAAACAAGGCUGUCGAACCCUUCAUGUCCAUUUUCCUCAAACUCAAGGCGGCUUGUUUGGCCAAGUUCCACCGAUCCAGUUUACCACAUUCAAACCAUUCGACUUUUCCGAGCAUUCCUGGUCCCGAUCAUCUCAAUCAAACCCACCCUAAGCUAAAGCCGUCGACUAUCAAGUUCAUUGAUCGCUGGAGAGCCAUCGUAGUCGGAGCCGCCAACGAAAAUUCCAGAGACGGGCACUUCACCCCCUUCGAUCUUCGUCAACUCUGUUUGAUGGCUGUCCUACUUGUCUCAACCAAAUCAUUCGAUAUCUCGUCUUCUUCCUUCCGUCUACAAAGCCUCAUCGAACAAGACUGCAUCAAGUGCAUCAAGCGUUCAAUUCGCCAAACCCAACUAGCUGAUUCAACCGUCCAAGCUAUAACUCAUUUUGAUCCAGAUUCAGUGAUCACCUGGCUAGCGGUGCAAAUCAUACCGUCGAUCAAUCCACUUCAUCUGGCAGAGUCACCAACAAAUGUUAUCAUCAACCACUUUGCCAAAUCACUGUUUCAAGUCUUUGAAAAUGGCCACCUGUUCGAUCAAUUGUCCACGAGUCUCGACCUGGCCCCACAUUCUCUCAGUCUUCAUCCAUCAUCAAGCACCGAUCAAGGUUUGACGAGAACCUCUAGCGAUCCCUUGGCCCAGGUCGUCUUAUCGAUCUCAUUGAGCCUCUCCAAGUUGAUUGAACACACAACGAAGACCUCCGACGUGAAAUCCUUUUCGGCUGAUCUUAGAAGUUUAGUCGCGGUGACUGAAAAAAUCCACGAGAGUUGGCGCACAGCAACAAGUGCUUAUGAUCAAGUCCAUCUUCCCGAAUUCAAGGAGAACUCUGUCUCCAUCAACCAUCUCAAGCCGGAAGAAAAUCAGGCCGAUCGAUGGCUCAGGAACAUCUUCUUUUGCUGCCUGCUGAUUCUCGGAGGCCUAGUCAAUAAGCUUGCCGUCCGAGGCUUCUCGCAGGUGAUGGCCGAAAACCUCUUUCCGCCCAUGUUCCAGAUCUUAUGUCAGAUUCACUUCAUCACUCUGAGGUUCCCAUCCGACAAGCUUUCAACUCAUACGGCCGUUUUUGAUACUCUUGCUGUACUUACUAAGCCCCACGUCGGACUUGCAAACCUCAUUCUGAAGGAAUCUCAGCCCUCCCUAAAUGAAGCUCGUGAUGUAAGGGAUCCUGUGCGAAUAUCGCGAGUAAUUUACUAUUUCAAUCUCAUCGAAAGGUUCACCGGAUCAGUUAUUCAGAGAGAGUAUCUUGAUCAAAUUGUCGUCCCCGUGAUUUGGACCUUCAUCGACCGAGCUCAAGUCGGUUUUCACGCCCAUCUUGCUUUAUCAAACGUCUUGGAAUUCUGCUCGGAAGAUACUAUCUUGAACCUGGCCGACAAAUACUUUCAAAUGUUGCUUCAUGAUAUCUCACUGGAUCAGUCGUCUGUGUUGGGCUUCGAUCAGCAGAAACUUGCAUGGAAAAAUUUGCUCAAGGCAGUCUCGAAACAUUCACGAAUCAAAACCGAGGACUUGAUGUCCAAAUUGAUCGAAUCAAUUAAGAUGACUGAUGGGCCUGUUGUGACUUUUUCUCCUGCUCCAAUGCAUGAUCCACCAACACGCGAGAAGAGCAUUGAUGAUCAGAGAAAUGAGCACCAAAUGGACAAAAGGAAACGGCUGUACAAGUUAUUAAUCUGCGCAAUCGGCGAGCUAAACUAUGACGAAACAGAAGAAGAGACGGUGAAGCUUUUGGAUACGUGUUGGGAUUUGAUCCGCUUUCAGGAGGACUUGGUCGAGUUAUUUGAAGUCGGUUUGAACCAACAAUCCUUCAAGAUUCCCAGUUCAAAUCUCUCCAACUUUGGCGUCUAUUGGUGGCAUCAGAAAAUGAAGAGCCUUAACUCUUCGGCCUCUCCUAAGCUUUGA